AACCUCCAUUUUUUGGUCGGAGGAGGUUUCGGACUUGAGGGAGGCCCGUGAAUUGAGCCUAAAUUGAAUUGGAGGAGGAAAGAGUGAUGGGACGUUUGCCGUAUGUCGAAAGAUCCGACCGUCAGCUGUCUUUUUCCCGUUUUCAGUUCAAAAUCCCCCCCUUCGCCAAUGCGUUUUGAAUUUAAACUCACGCCCUGGGAAAAUGGAGUGGAAAUUCAGAUUGCCGGCGGAAAACUUAUUCAAGUUUUUCUCCGAGGAAGAGUUGAGUGAUCAAGUCGUCAUUGUUUCUUUUUUUGGAAAAACAUCCAUCCUUGAUGACUACCCGACAAUAUUUGGAUUUACUCUUGAUGAUAACGACAACUAUAAUAGAAAUAUUGAUGAUGAAGAAACUGAUUGCUGUAUAGAAGGGUAUUAUGCAGCGAACGAGAAGGUUUUGUACCUCUUUCUAGUAGGGGCAUUCAAUCCAAGGAAGCUAGCUAAUUUGUUCAAAGAAUCUGCUAAUGAUUUAAAAGAGAAGGGUUUUCUGUACUGUUGGAAUAACUUCAAAUGUUCUUAUGUAAAAGGAUUACUAUUUCUAUUUUCUUUAUCUCAUAUUAUUGUGAUAUGUCAUCCACGUGAAACGCUUGAUCUCUCAGUAGUUCAGUUUUUGAAAGUGCUCAGUCGUGUCAGACCAAGUUAUCAGAGUAUUAUUACAAAUAUUAUUUCGGAUCUUGAAGAAUUUAACUCAAACUGUAAUAAAACACGAUUGAAUAAUGACCUUCAACAUGAUCUUUUAAUUCAUGGACGAAUAUGCUGUCCUCGGCUCCUUUUUGUUUUUGAGUGUCCUUUUGACAUUCUGAAUGAAGACGAUGAGGAAAGAGCAGCAAGAACAACUAAAUUAGAACAUGCUCUUGAAGACCAAAUAUAUCUCACCUUAAGAAGAUCCAGACUGGUGAAAAAUGUCUGCAAUAGAGCUUUUUUCUCGAUCGCUCCGAAUGAUGAGUUUGUAUUUGUACAAAAUAAUAUUGUGUCAGAGAGCAGAGCUGAUAGGAGUUUUAGAAGACUCAUGGAAAAGCUUGAAGACGAUAGUAACAUUAGCAAUGAUGGUGGCGUUAAUGCUACGGCUACCGACGAUGAUGAUGAUGAUGAAAAUUUUUCCCUUCUUUUAGAUAUAAACUCAAAAUAUAUACCAUCAUCAAAUGAAACAGAACUAGACUCUAUGUGGAGAAGAAAACCAGGAAGGGCUAGAACAGUGAACUCUGCACAGGAAACAUCUCCACAAAAAGUACAACAGCUUCCUGAAUGGGCUUCACCAGGACAUACUUGGAGCAUGGCUAUGCUAGAGGAUAACUUUUCACAUCUGUCAACAUAUUCAGAGCCAGUUUCUUCAUUUGAUUGUGGAAUAAUUGAAAAAUCAUAUGGCGAUUUGGGUGAUCCUAAUGUUUAUGAAAUGCCUACACAUUCUAUCGAUGUGUUUACUGACUUUAAUCCGUGGUCUGCUGCUGGCAUUCAAGGUCAGCCUGGGGAUCCUUAUUAUGAAGCAUGCAUGAUACCGCACACAGCCCUCGAAGAAUAUUAUUUAACCAAUACUUUUACUUCUACUGAACUAACUCAGGAAUUAUGGCAAUACCCACCUGAAGAACAACAGCAGUUUGUAAAUGAAGGACUAGGUUGCAUUAUUACUGGACUUCCAGAGCCCCCUAUACAAUAUUGUUUAAAUGAUGGUCGCCCAUUAUCCGAAUGUAGUAUUCCAUCUUCUUCGACUUCUUCGUCAUGUUCUGUAUCAUUUGCUAGCUUUGAAGAGACACUGCAUCAUGGAAAAAACUACAAAUCAGGCCAUAGAUUUAAAACAUUCUUGCAAAAACAUAUACGUAAAGCUCACAAUGAUGGUUUUUAUGACAAUAUGGGGAAAUAUAUCAAUGUCAAGCCAUUUUUUAUGAGACCAAGUUUGAAAUAUUGGUUAGAAAUUGCAAGUGGUUUGUCUCGUUACUCCAUGCUUGGGGUGAAACAGACUGAAGCCACAAAUGAAAUGAAAUCCCUAUUGGGCACGGAGCUGCAGUUCAGCUCAGCGCGAUGCAAAAAAAUCAUUCCAUUAGCAGUGUCACGUUAUCAAGAGAAUUUACCUCCUCACUACAAUCGUGCAAUUCAUGAAAAACAGGUGAAGAAAGCAAUUAUUGUAUUUACACAUCAUGCAAGAGGGCCAGAACAAGACAAAUACAUCACCGAACUUAAGAUCCAGUGUGAUAACCUUUGGAAAUCAGGAAGACAAACAUGUGAAAUGCAAAGUUUGUCAAAAAACACUUGUACUUGGCCAGCUCAUCAAUGCCUUAAUAAGGAAUUUGAUAAAAUACUUCAUAGAGAACUUCAAAUUUUGUCUAUUAAUUCAGGCAUGUCCUUCGAAAAGAACCCUCUCAAGAUCUUGACGCGUUUUAGGAAGAUAAAUAUUAAUAAACUUAUUUUAAGGGAAAGUGAACAUUGGAGUGGAAUACAAUACAUUUCAAGUUGUAACUGUGGCGUUAAACAGGGUAACCGUCCAGAUCCUUUUACAUUGAAAGCUGCUAAUUAUUCCUUUUAUCGUGAUAUUGGUAAAGAAUGUGGUUGCAUUCACUUAGAUCACAUAAAUUUUCCUGUUUUUCAGCCAAGCAUUCACGACUACAAAGCUGCCGAUGUGAAUGCUUAUGGCUAUAACCAGGAAAAUUCAAGCAGCAGCAUCAAUACAUUGGCAAACUUAUAUCACGAAUCAGUACAAGCAAGCUUCAGUGUUGAAAAUAUAAAAAACGUUGCGGCGUUUUGUGCAGGUAAACUGUGGACACCUGAUCAUUUGAUAUUGACAUUACAUGAAGGCACACCAACCACACCUCCACUCUCUGAUCAGUCAGGGAAUUUAGUGUUGGACUAUUUCAGUCCUCAAAGCCAAGAUAAACACCUUGUUAGACAAGCUUCUACUACUGAAUAUUUACCCGGUAUGUUACAUUUUGAAUCCCCUCAUGGACUUCUACCACAGUUUCCUUCGUGGUCACUUUUAUGCCGUGGGCCGUCGAGUCUAUACUCCCACAAUCUUGGCCUUCAUGACCAACCAGGAUUUAUUCUUGGUUCAUCGUUUCUUCUUCCAUGGGACGUCACUAUAAAGGAACAUGAUGUAAUAUCUAAUAUAUCACCAGAUCUAAAAAAGAUACCCAGUGCAACAUUCUGUAGAGGAGGUUAUAAAAAAUUUCAGCGUUACCCAAAAGAUUUUAUUAAUGUUAAGAUAUUCAUCGGAGUGGAGUAUGAAUGUCUUAGGGGGCACAGGUUCAUGAGUUCUGCCCCUGGUAAAAUUUUGAAGGUUUCUGCUAACGGAAUUGUAAAAGAAAAUGCAAAUAAACUUACCAAGGGAAAUAUGCCACUUUAUUUGCCAUGUCCUUGUAGCAAAUCAUUAGCUCAAUUAAUGAGGAUACACGUGGUGACUCCCAAAGCGCCAGUUUUUGUAACAAUUGAUCCAAAGGUUCGACCAGCUCCACCACCUUGCCCAAUUUUUAUCACUGGUGAUCCAAAACCGAUCGCUCUGUCACAAAGUACUUAUUGGGUGCUUCGUUUACCGUUUGUAUAUGCAUCAGAAAGAAAUGUAUAUACAACACCAACUAGAUUGAAAAAAUUAAAAUAUGGGGAAUUGAUAGGACCUACGUACGGUAUUACACAGAUAACAGAAUGAUAUUUUAAAACAGCCCGUGGAUUGUGAUCAAUGUGUAAUUAUUGUUUUCAUUUAUAUUCAAUUAAAAGUUUACAAAUGUGAGUCAUGGUUCAUUUGAUUUGACUAUGUAUAUAAUGGUAUGAAUGUUGUGUACUGUAGUUGUGAUCGUAAUGAAGAGUCAAUUUUGGUUGAAUUUUGUUAUUAAAAAUUAUAUGUUUGGAAGAGAUGGUUAAAUAAAUUUCUUAAACAUA